AUGGAGAACCCUAACAAAGGAGCGUUCUAUAAUUUACUCUUGUGGGUUCACAAAAACCACCCAAAAACCCUAGCUCUAAAUGUCAGGGUCUUCGAGGCUUUAGGGUUGUUGGAAGAUCUGCUAAAAAUUCUCAAGCGAGUUUUGGAUGACUCCAUUAUAUCAAAUGACAGGAGCAAUGGUUCGGGAUGCGAUCAUGACGAGAAGAAGACGGAAGCUGUUGUAGAAGAAGCACCGACAAUUGACAUUUCAAAGGCUAGAAUUGCAAUUGAGAGGUACCAAAAUGACCCUGAUUAUAGAUUCUUGCAUGACCAGAUAUCAGACUUGUUUGCAGAGGUAUUGACGUCGGAUCUGAAGUUCUUGGCAUCAGGUGCAAUUAAAUCAAUAAGUUUUGCUUCCAAAUUUUGUCCUUCGAUUGAUUCUCCACAGGACUACGAAACCCUAAUCUGUGAGAGCAUUGCAAAGAAAAUGUUUCCACGUAAUAAUCAUAUAGAGUACAAAGAUGUUGAAGAACCUUAUUACACUUACAGGGUUCGUUAUCGUUUGGGGGACCAUGUACUAAUACCACUGCGCGAAGCCAUAGAAAUAGUGAAGAAGCCAUCUAUCAAAACCGAAAAUUCAUUGAUUGUUCUUGAAGCAUACAGGAAGAUAUUCAAGUCUGAGUCAAAAGAAGGUAGCAGCAUUGUGUUGUUUCAUCAUUGCAUGGAGAUAAUCGAGUUGUUUUCACCGAUAGAAAAUGUGGUCGACACGUUUGGGAAGCUAAGCAUUGGCAACGGCUCUACAAAGCUCCCUCACCAAAUAGUGGCUUCUUUAUUUUAG